AUCCAUUACUCAUGUGCGCAAAGUAUACAGUAGGUGGCGGUAAUACUCCAAAGGAGUGAACGGCCAUAAAACGAGAAGAAGAAGAAGAAGAAGAUUUCGCCUGAAUCGCGUCUCAUGGAGGACGGCGAGCUCUUGAGCCUGCAAAAAGCACAUGACGAGUUCAACAGUAAGAACUACACAAGAGCAGAGGAAUUAUACACACAGUUUAUCGAGUCGUGCACAAAAAACAGACAGUGUAAUUCUCGUGAUUUGGCCAUCGCUUAUAAUAACCGAGGGCAAGUGAAGUAUCUCAAGGUGGAUUUCUAUGAAGCGAUGGAUGAUUACACCUCAGCCAUCCAGACCAACAGCCAGUAUGAAGUGCCAUUUUAUAACAGAGGGUUAAUAAAUUACAGGUUGGGAUUUUUUAAAGAGGCUGAAAGUGACUUUCGGAGAACCCUGGAGCUGAAUCCUCAUUUUAAAGAUGCUAAAGAAAGUUUACGUCAGACAAUUCUGGACAGUGAAGAAAAGUUGAAGAGAGGAUACUGAUUAAAAUGUCAUCAAUAUGCUAACCAUUGACAUUUUUUACAAACUGGAUUUUAUUUUUUUUUUGUAAAUAUUUUGUGAAUGAAUGUAUAAUUUUUUUUGUGUGUGUGUGUGUUAAUGUCAAGGUUUACCUGUUGAGUCGGUACAAACAUUUUUUUUCAUGAACAAUCGUAAGUGCAUAUGAUUAUGCGGAGUAUAAAUAAAGGGAUAGUACAUACAAAAAUGAAAGUUCUUUCACAAUUUACACCCCUCAUAUUGUUCCAAACCUGCAUGACUAUGAUAACUUUCUUCCGUGGAACAUAAAAUGAUGUUAAGCCAGGUGCAUUUGGUAUGUUAGUCUCAGUCACCAUUCACUUAUAUAUAUAUAUACACACACACAUUCCUAAAAUAAAAAAACACAAUGGAAGUGAAUGCUGACUGAGGCUAACAUACUGCUUAACAUAUUUUUUUCAUUUAAGAUUUUGAAUUCACAAAACCAUAUAAGUCUUUCAAGUUGUGGCAAAACAAAAUGCAUGUUAAAAUAUAUUUCUGAAUACUGAAAUCAAAAGGAGUCACAAGUGGUGCAUUAACCAUGCUUUUUAAAUAAACACAUUAUUUAAAAUGGGCAUUUCCCUUGAAUUUAUGAUGCUUCAAAACACUAGUACUUAACUGCUUUUACACUACUUAAAGGUAGUUUAUGUCUAUUUCAUUUAUAAUAUCAUGCAACAACCCAUUUAAAAUGCUCAAAAAUCCAUUGACCUUUUCAGUAGCUGAUCAUUGACAGUCCAUUCCGUUAACAG